AUGGCUCAUCUUAUAAACCCCCUCGCAACAACGUCUCAGCUAUAUCAUAAAUCUUCCUUCUCAUCUUUACCUCAAGAUCUUCAAGACGCGAUUUUCAUCACUUCGCAAUGCCUCACUCAAGCUGCAGGUCAGCUCCUGGAGCUUCCUCAAUCUGUGACAGCGCAAGCCAACGUUAUUUUGGCGCGGUACUGGCUAGUCGACUCACCGAUGGCCAACGAGUUUAGUGACACUUCUGCAGCAGCUCUUUAUCUUGUUGCUAAGAUGGGACCUCAACCCCGGUCAUCACGCGACAUGUCAAAUGUAUACGCCUACCUCUUAUCAGAGAGCUCAUCCUUCUUGAAGACUCCAGGCACUCCAAAGAAUGACCCAAAGUCAUACUAUGUACCCGAGGCCGAUUAUUAUGCUUUCCAGACUCGUAUCCUUGCCAUUGAAGCUCGCAUUCUCUACACGCUCUCGUUCGAUACACACGUCUCAUUGCCGCAUCCACUUGCCAUUACUUACCUUCAGACUCUCGAUUUUCUUGCGCAGCCUAAAUCCAUCAUAUCUCUGCGCACCAUCCAAUACCUGAACUCGGCUCUUCUCUCGCCUCAAAUGUUGUACCUCACCCAUCAGCCCCACGCAUUAGCUACGGCUGCUAUAUACAACGCAGCUCGAGAUGUGGGUGCUAAGAUGCCAGAAUGUGAAUGGUGGGAGGUGUUUGACGUUGAUCGAGAAGAGCUUGGAUUCCUUGUUGUAGGAAUGCGAAGCGUAGAAAACUAUCUGCGCAAGUACAAGGAGGAAAUGCCGGAUCUGAGCACGGGUAUGCCUACAAGAAAGUCAGUGGAUGUUGAGCUGCAAAGGAGAGGCAUGGGCGGUGGGGCUGAAACUGCUGCCGUUGACGAAGAGCAGCAACUCAUGGAGAUGAUGGACAGCAAAUGA